ACCUUACUCCUGUCCGCCAUUCCUCACAACAGCGACAAGAUGACCAAAGACCCGCCCAGCCGCUCUUCCUCGGACGAGUCAAUCCGAGAGGUUCAAGAUCAAGAGCGAGAAGCCAUCAUUGGCGCCGAAAGGAGUGCACUUGAAGAGGAAUGGUGCAACAGCAUUCGCUUGAAGGUCGACCUUCGACUAUGCAGCAUUGCGGGCCUCCUCUGCUCGCUCAAUCUGCUUGACAGCGGUGUCAUUUCCAGCGCGUCCGUUACUUCCAUGCUCCACGACCUGGAGCUUGAUGUCGGCAACAGAUACUCCGUCUCCAUAUUCAUUUUUACCAUUGCAAGUAUUGCUUUUCAGCUGCCGUCAACAAUCGCUGUCAGGACAUUCGGCCCGAGAAUCUGGUUUUCCUUCAUCACCUUCUGCUUUGGCAUCAUCACGCUUUGCACAGCCUUUGUGCAAACGUGGCGGCAGAUGAUUGCACUUCGCAUCUUGCUUGGUAUUGCCAUGUCGGGCAUCUACCCAGGUCUGACUUAUCUUAUUUCCACAUACUAUACGCGGAAGGAACAACAGCUUCGCUUUGCGUUGAUGCAGAGCGGAGAAGUUAUUGUGCUUGCAACGGGUGGGAUUGUCAACUAUGGCCUCAACCAAAUAAACGGCGGACAUUUAAAAGGGUGGUCUUAUAUGUUUCUUGUGCAGGGGAGUAUCACCGCCUUUAUUGGUAUCUUGACAUACUGGUGGAUGGUCGACUUUCCAGAACAAGCACACAAAUCCUUCUGGUUUCUCACUCCACACGAGAGUGCUGUGGCAUCAGCUCGCAUUGAGAAAGACCGCGGCGAUGUUCAGGCCGACCCAUUUACAUGGAGCGAGGUCUUUGUACACGCCAAAGAUGCCAAAGUAUAUGGAUUUUGCACGUUGUAUUUUCUUCAAAAUCUUGUUUCAACCUCGCUAUCAUACUUCCUCCCAAUCAUUCUACAAGGCGGCAUGGGAUUCAGCUCCGGCAAGUCUAUUUUGCUCUCUGCGCCACCGUACUACUAUGCUGUCAUUCCAGCUAUCCUGUCGUCCCUGGUCGGUGACAGAUUCCAGUUGAGGGGGCCAAUCAUUGUGUUCAACUGCCUGUCCCUGAUUUUAGGCUUCUGUAUGCUGGGCUUUUCGAGUCAGGUCACGGUAAGAUACAUUGGGACGUAUCUUGCAACAGGGGCGUAUGUGGCCAAUUGGGCCGCCAUGGCUACGUACCAGGCCAACAACAUUGUGGGUCAAUGGAAGAGGGUAUUUACGGCUGCGAUGGUUACGGCAUUCAACGGCGCAGGUGGUAUCGCUGGGAGCUUUAUUGUCAGACAGCCCGAGAGUCCAAGGUACAUGACGGCCAUUUGGGUUAGCAUUGGAAGCCAUGUCCUUAUCAUUGGCUUGAUCGGCGCAUUUUCGAUCCACUUUUACCAGGCGAACCGAAGCCAGAGCAAGGGAAAGCGCAUCUUGGAAGGAACGGAAGGGUUCCGGUUCACGUAUUAGAGAGAAGAAGAAAAAAGCUCGAAUUUACGCAUAACAAGGUGCAGCUGGACGUUGUCGAGCCGGCUUAAUAUAGACCAAGUCCGCAAUUGUCUCGGGAGUCCAGGUAUUACUUUUCCUUGUCUCUCAAACUCUAUGCAUUGAUCGGGUGUCACACUAUGUUCCUACCGGGU